UCUCUAGCUUUCUUGAGCCGCAUCUGAAAAAAAAGUCUCAACAUACGAACAGCAACGGUUCCACUUUCUUGCCAUGGCUGCUGUAUACAAAACCCUAUCUUCGUCGGGCGGCCAUGAGAAGGAGCCGGGAGAGCGGAAAAAUAAGCAGCGAGUCCUCAUUCUGAGCUCAAGAGGUGUGACGUAUCGACAUCGCCAUUUACUGCAGGAUCUGUACUCCCUGAUGCCCCAUAGUCGAAAAGAGGCGAAACUAGAUACUAAAACGAAGCUCUAUCAGCUCAAUGAGCUUGCUGAGCUAUAUAAUUGUAACAAUGUGCUGUUUUUCGAAGCGAGGAAAGGCAAAGAUCUCUACGCAUGGUUGAGCAAAGCUCCUAACGGACCUACCGUCAAGAUGCAUUUGCAGAACUUGCAUACUAUGGAAGAGCUCAACUUCAUUGGCAACUGCUUAAAGGGCUCAAGGCCUAUUCUGUCAUUUGACGCAGCUUUCGAAAAGCAGGCUCACCUGCGAGUUAUUAAGGAACUCUUCACGCAGAUAUUCGGUGUUCCAAAGACUUCACGGAAAGUCAAGCCCUUUGUAGACCACGUUAUAGGAUUCACCAUCGCUGAUGGCAAGAUCUGGAUACGAGUCUACCAAAUCAACGAGUCAGAGCCAGGGAAGAAGAAGUCUGCAACUGACGGAGAAGAGAUGGAUGUUGAUUCUGCACCGCCGAAGAAGGGAAAGACUGAAACGGACAUUAGUCUAGUGGAGAUCGGACCCCGGUUUGUCUUCACACCCAUUGUGAUUCAGGAGUCGAGCUUCGGUGGACCGAUUAUCUAUGAGAACAAGGAGUUCGUAUCACCCAACCAGAUUCGAUCCGACUUACGGAGAGCAAAGGCUGGUAGGUACAAUAGGCGGACCGAAGCGACGUUGGAAGGCAAGAUCAAGCGAGGAGACUUGGGCCUCAAGACGCAUGGUGGACGCAAGAAGGAGAAAGAUCCGCUGAGCGACAAUGUGUUGUUUGCUUAGCUCUACUUGCUGCGGGAAAAGGGAAAGGUGUUCGGAGUUUGGAGACUAAUGGUCACCUGAAGCAUGCAUUUCGAGGCUCUGGCGCAUCUCUCUCCAAUACCAAAGGUAGAUAAAACAAGC